AUGGAGGAGGAGAUGCAGCCAGCAGAGGAGGGGCCCUGCAUCCCUAAAAUCUACAAGCAAAGGAGCCCCUACAGCGUCCUCAAAACCUUCCCCAGCAAGAGGUACAUGAGCAAGAGAUAUGACAGACCCACCAUGGUGGAGAUCCCACAUCUGGGAGCACCUACAGGGCAACAGCACUUCCAGCACCAUUCAGCCUCCAUCAGCAGCAGUGAGCAGCAUCAUUACCAGCAGGCUCACAGCUCCUAUCAGAAUGGGCCCAUCAGGGCAGCCACGUCCACCUCUUCUCAGUGCCAGCAGAGGGGAGGGGGUGACCCAGCUGGGCAUCUGGUCUCUUCUAACAGGUUCAGCCAACAGACAGCCAACCAAGGCACCAUUGAACUCAGUGCAGAGAGCCGAAUGAUUCUGGAUGCUUUUGCUCAGCAAUGUAGCAGAGUUCUCAGCCUUUUAAACUGUGGUGGAAAACUUCUGGACUCCAAACAUCCACAGUCUUCGGUUUCUUGUGUAAAGCAAGAGAAUAACAGUUACAGUGAGCGGCUGGACCAGUGCCAACUUGGUAAACCAUUUCCUAACCAAUCUGUAGACAAACUGGAUGUAGAAAUGCAGUAUGUGCAGAAAAAACAGCAAACCUCUGCUUUCUUGAGGGUUUUUACAGAUUCACUACAGAAUUACUUGUUAGCUGGUAACUUCCCUGCUCGGAAUUCCUCAUCUAGCAAUGAUUAUGGCCAUCAUUCUGACAUGGAUGCACUUUCAUCCUCACCGGUGCACACAUUGGGUGGGUGGACAUCCCCGGCAACAUCUGAAUCACAUGGUCACCCAUCAUCUUCCACACUUCCCGAGGAGGAAGAUGAUGAUGAAGAGGAAGGUUAUUGUCCAAGGUGUCAGGAACUUGAACAUGAAGUGAUUUCUCUGCAGCAGGAAAAUGAGGAACUGAGAAGAAAAUUAGAGAGUAUUCCAGUUCCUUGCCAGACAGUACUAGAUUAUUUGAAGACUGUUCUUCUUCAUCACAAUCAGCUUGUGAUACCGCAGCCUGUGGACCAGCCAGCAGAGGGCAGCAAGCAACUGUUGAAUAAUUACCCCGUCUACAUUACCAGUAAACAGUGGGAUGAGGCUGUCAACUCGUCCAAGAAGGAUGGAAGACGACUUCUUCGAUAUCUCAUCAGAUUUGUUUUCACAACCGAUGAGCUUAAAUAUUCGUGCGGCCUUGGGAAAAGGAAAAGGUCAGUGCAGUCAGGAGACACUGGUCCUGAAAGACGUCCUCUGGAUCCUGUUAAAGUUACAUGUCUCAGAGAGUUCAUUAGGAUGCAUUGUACCUCCAACCCUGACUGGUGGAUGCCGUCUGAAGAACAGAUAAACAAAGUUUUCAGUGAUGCUGUAGGACAUGCUCGUCAAGGACGGGCAGUCGGUACUUUCUUCCAUAAUGGAAAUUCCUUUUACGACAGUAUUGACCAUCAAGUUUGUCAAGAGGAAAUUUUCAAUAGAAGCUCCCAUGAUGGAUCUGGAGAUUGAUGUUAAAUUGAACAA